AUGUGGUGGCUAAAUUGGCCACGAGUGUGGCUUCUAGUGCUUUUGUGGGCGACAUUAACCCAAGGAUUGUUGAAUCUGGAGAAUCAAACGGAUGAGGAACUGCACCAGGAAUUGAUGGCUUGCCGCCAGCCAAAGGCUCCUGGUCUCUGCCGUGGUAGACAGCUGCGUUAUGCCUACAAUGUGAUUUCGGGAAAUUGUGAGAGUUUUUAUUACACAGGAUGCGCCUCGACGAUGAACAACUUCUUGACCUAUGAAGAGUGUCGUCGUGAUUGUAUGCUCCGUUUGCGCUACUAAUUGGCGUCUAAAAUCUUCAUGUCGUUUUGUAUAUACCUACAUAUAUAUUUUUAUUGAAGCUUAACAUAACGUCAUGUAUAUAUAUAUUUAAAGAGUAUGUCUUAAGAUACAGUGAUUCAGUUUACCAAA